GUACGUGAUGGACGAGUUUGGCAGUGCCUUCCGUCACAGUGACCGGCCCAACUUUUGCUGUGCGCCCUUCCUCUUCCUGCCAGAUGGCUCCUUCGCCUCUGCUCUCAGGAUCUUCUCCCCCCAUCGCCCCUGUGAGGUGAUGCGAGCGCAUUUCAACCGCCACGUGCUGCUGGAGUGUGAGCCGGGCAUAGUCAUGGUGCUGGUGGUGGAGUGCCGGGGGGUCAACGGCGUCGUGCCGCCCGACGCUACAGUGCGCAACGAGGCUCUUCGGCAGUAUCUGGUGGAGGCACAUGCACUCUUUUGUCUCUUCUUCGGCAGCAUCGACCGCUUGCUGCUACAGCAGCAACCCCAACAACCCCCUCCUCUCCCCUCAGAAGCAACAACUGGGCCCUCAUCAAAUCUUGAGUCUGACACCCCUUCACACGAUUCCCCGUCGGCCGUUCCCCCUUCAGCAGACUUAGCCCGUGCUUGCCUGCAAGCCUUCCUCCCUGACUUCCUCACAGGCGGGUCACCAGAGCCCUCUACUCUUGCAUUCCCCUUCGCCCUCUCCGCCCCCGCCACUCCUCGAGUGCGCCUGCCUGCUCUCCUCGACGCCCUCUCCAGCCGCCUCUCCUGCCGCCAACUCAAUCUCCCCCGCUCGCUCACGCUCCCUGCUCUGUCUCUCGCCCAUCGUCUGGCAGAUGCCUUUCAGGGUGCGGCACUGCUGCUCUGCCACAACCUGCUGCUCGCCUCCACCCUCUCCCCGACUGACACUGCAGCACUACACUCCUACGCAUGUCUCCGCCUUCUUCCCUCCUUCGUCUCCCCCUCCUCCUCGUCCUCUUCCAUCCUCCGCUCCCUCUCCCCCUUCCGCUCCCCCUUCACCUCCUCCUCCUCCGCCUCCUCCUCCCCCUCCUCUCACCGCCCCUCCUCCCCCUCCCCCCGUCGCACCUCUUCCUCUUUCCUCAGCCCCUCACUCACUCCCUCACUCACUCCCUCACUCGCUCCCACCCUACCUCGCUCCUCCUCCACCCCCUCACUCGCCCAUCUCUCCCCUUUCGCCCACACUCCCCCUCUCUCCCCCUCUGCUUGCCCCAACCCCAACCAGCCAUUCCCCCCUUCCCCCUCCGCCUCAAACCCCCCCACCCACUCCUCCCCUUUCCCCCUCCCCUACUCCUCCCCUCCCCUCCCCCUUCGCCCGUCAUCCUGGGCCAAAUCCACGUCAGGCCACUCCCUUUCCACGUCAGCAUGGGGAUUAGAUCCCCAAACCAGCACCCCUCUCCCCCCUCUUGUCUAUCUAAGGUCUUUGGGAGUAGAGGUGGGGGGAGGGGUUGGGGGAGGAGGCCGGGGGAGCGAACGGGGAGAGGAAGGAAAGAAUGGGGCACGAGAAAGCAGGAACAGAGAGGGGAAGAGCAGGGGUGGAGAGAAGGAGAGGGGUGGUGGAAGGGGGAAAGGGGACGAGGGAGUGGGAGGGGGAAGGGAAGGGGAAAGGGGAGGGGAAAGGGGAGGGGAAAGGGGAGAGGGAGCAGGAGUGGUGGGAGUGUUGCGCGUGUUUUUUGUCAAAGACCUGACAGCACUGGUGGUAGAACCAUUACCAGCAGCACCAAGGGAGGGGCAGAGGAGAAACGAUGAAGCUGGUCAAACAGGCCUUCACCCUGAGCUCCUGAGGGAGAUGGAAGCAUUGGAGGCAUCUCUUCUACGGCACCACAUCAACCCGCAAGCAGCCCACAUCCAGGGCUGCCGCUACCUCUGCACCGACCCUCUGCUCCGCUCCUUCUCCGCUUCCCCACCUUGCAAAGUCACCACCCUUGCCAAGAUGAGACACGAGGCGGACAGGCAGCAGCAGAGAAGAGAAGGGAUGCGCUCACAGGGGGGGGGGGAAGAGGAGAGAAAGGGACAAGGGAACGACAUGCAGCGAACACACAAGGGGAGGGUGCUGACUCUGCUGCUGCUCUUCCCCCCUCUGGCUGCAAUCCUGGAACGACAUGCCGCGAGCGCACAAGGGGUGGAUGCAGAAUCGGAAAUUUCGAAGGGUGGAGAAGGGGGGAGUGGCGGGAAAGAGGCGGAGAGAGUAGCAGAUGGGGCAGGCGAGGGGGAGCAGAAUGUUCCUGGAAGCAGGGCAGUAGAUGGGGAGAGGGAAGGGAUGAGUGAGAGGGAGGGAGGAGAAGGGAGGGUUGGAGAGGCGAGAGUAGGAGAGAGGGAGAGAGGAGAGGAAGGAGGGCGUGGAGAGGACAAGGACGAGUGGUGUGAGGAGGGGGAUGAGAAGGAGAGUGAGGAGGAAAGUGAGGAGGAAAGUGAGGAGGUGGCCUCGAAGGUGGGGAGAAAUGCGUGGGUGGUGGAGAGGAGGAGUGGUGGGCAGCAGCUGGUGGUGGCGGUGGAGAGAGGGUGCGACUCCCUGCUGGGAGCAGAGGAGCUCGUGGACAGACUGAAUGGUCAGUGA